AUGGCGAUGCAAGGAGGUGUGUCCGAUGAUCUUCUGUCCAAGCUGGCUGAAGACAUCGAGACGAGUGACCAGAUGGAAGACUUAGGACGAAAACUCGGAUUCAAGGUCGCAGAAAUCAAUAGAUACAUAGAGACCAAUAGAAUGGAAGGACGAGUGACGUGUAAGGGAACACGUGCCAUGUUGUUUGACUGGCGACAGACCGUGGAGCCUUGCAACCAGCAUAUCAGACUGAAAAAAGCUCUCAUUGACGCUAAGCUGGUCAUGUUUGCUGAUACAUAUAUCAAGGAGACAUCAUGUUUUAGAGAUAUCUACCGUGAGAAGAUCUCGGAAUCCUUGACUGUUCAGCAAUGUCGCGAAAAGUUGGAGAAUAGGUACCUAAAUCAAUUGUGCAAAAUUCAAAUGAAGCCGUGGGAUCACACUGAUUAUGCUGAGUUUGAAGACAUGCACACGGUUGUCACAAUGGUAAAGAAGGACGCUCAUGGAAAAGACACUAAAACAAGGAAAAUACUCCAGGGUUCUGUCGCUGAAAUAUUCUCAACGAAAGUAAAUGGCAGACUGCCAGCUCGAAUUCUCAUUUCGGCCCCAGCCGGAAGAGGGAAGACCACGGCUGUUGCUAAGAUGGCCUACGACUGGGUUCACAGGGAAAAGGGGUCAGCAUUAGAACACCUUCCGCUUCUGUUUGUUGUUAAAUUCCGAAACACAAGUAAGCUUACAUCGAUUGGAGAGGCCAUUAAAUCCCAGCUUUUGAGUGAUGUUGAUGAUCUCACAGCCGAGGGUUUGGAGAGUUUUAUCAGAAAGAAUCAGGGAAUCUGCCACAUCAUACUAGACGGGCUAGAUGAGUAUGCCGGUAUUUCUUCUUCAAUUAGCAAUAUUGUCAGUGUCAUUCGCUGGAAGGAGUUUCCACAGUGUCGAGUACUUGUAACAACACGCCCUCACUUAGAGAACUUCUUCAAUCAACAGGAACUUUCAAAGGUGUACACAAAGAUGUGGAUCGAAGGAUUCUCGCGAGCGAGCUCACGAGAGUAUAUCGACAAGUUCUUUGCUCCGACUUCAAAUCCUUCUAGCAAACCUGGUCAUGGUCUGAAGGUUUACCUUGAUAACCAACCACUUAUUGAUGAACUUGUUAAAACACCUUUAUUUUGUCUCAUGAUCUGUCACUUAUGGAGCGAGGCCCAACUGGACAGUGAUACUACAAAUCAAACAGAGUUAUUGGACAGCGUGAAUGUUUUUUUAAUGCACCAUGCAAACGCCCGAUCAAAGCCUAUAGUUAAAAUCACACCCAAGAAGUUAAAGAAAAUAAUUUCUCAAUUAGGCGAAAUUGCCCUUACUGGUCUACUCGACGAUGCUAAAAAACUAGUCUUCACGCCUCAUGAUUUCCGUAAAGUUCCCGCAGUCCUUGACAGGGCAUGUGAGCUUGGGAUAGUAUCCAAAGCGACUGUUUACAUCAAAUGCCUUCCUCAGUCCAACGAAACCACUUCCACUACAAUUGAAUUUUAUCACAAACUCGCACAAGAACACUCGGCCGGGAAAUUCCUCGCUGAUCAAACAUACCACUUUCUGUUGCGUUUGAAGAUUUCUAGGUUGGACAGACUGCUGCACCAAAUAAAAGCAAACAUCGGUGACUACGAGAAUCUCAUCCGAUUCACGUCUGGCUCUGAUAACAGCCUCUGUAUACGAAUAAUGGAGUCGCUCCUUGCAAACAGUUGUUUGAAUGAGAGCGAGCGAUACCGCAUUAUCCUUGACUGCUCAUCAGAGACCAAGGGUACUGAAGGAAAUGUGUCUUCGUUGGUUCAAAGAUGUGUGAAUGCACAGAGUAUUGUUCUAAAGGCACCGACUAUCUACACCGUUGUUGGGAUGCAAAAUCUUCCAAAGCAACUAAAACGGGAGCUUCCAUCCGUCACGAAGCUAGCGGCCGAGAAAGUGACGUCACAAAGCUAUGAGGGUGUGCUCUUAUCAAUACCUGGAGUGAGAGAUAUCGAUGUCUCUAUCGAUGUUCCAGAGACGAGCAACACUUUUCAGAACAACGCCGCGUCCAGACCUAUGAACUACAUGCUUGGCCAGCACUCACCACAGACAGGAAGAUUGAAUCAGGAGAGACCAUUGGAAGGCUAA